GACCACCAUUCAUCGCGGGCUUUAACAAAAUCAUAAUUGCUUCUUUUGCUUUCUUGCGCACUCAUAAAUCUAGGGUUCUUGCUGCAUUACACUGCAAGAUUCAAUCUUUAUUGCUCAAAUCGCCUUUAACAGCAAUUCCCAUUGCACCCCAUUCUGAUUAUUUACUUAAUUUAGAUUUAUUUGCCGGUUGAAUUGAGUAAUGCGUGUGUUUUUGCAGCAGUAAGUGUGCUUCUUUCCACGCUUGGUUUUUUGUGUUUUUAAUUUAGUUAUUUGGUGAUAUUUUGGUGGGUUUUGAAUGAGGGGCAAGAUUUUGCCAUGUGCUGAGAAAUGAGGGCUGGAGUGACUGAGAAAUGGGGUGUGCUUUCGGCAAAGAAAUUUCUGUGUCUGGUUCACCCGGAGGGAAUGGUGUAGUGGAGAAGAGGAGAGACAAGUUGUCAGUGACAGCUGAGAGUGGGGAGAAAGCAGUAGAGAGUUCGGUGAGUAUACCAAAUGGUGGUGAAGUUCAGAAUGGUGGCGUUAAGAAGGAGGAUUUGAAAGAUGGGAUUGUGAGGAAAUCGAGAAACGAAAAGAGGAGGUCGAGACCGAAUCCUAGGUUAAGUAAUCCCCCUAGUAAUGUUCAUGGCGAGCAAGUGGCUGCUGGAUGGCCUUCUUGGCUUGUGGCAGUUGCUGGUGAGGCUCUCAGCGGGUGGAUCCCCCGUCGAGCUGAUACAUUCGAGAAGCUCGAUAAGAUUGGACAAGGUACGUAUAGUAACGUGUAUAAAGCUAGAGAUGCUCUAACAGGAAACAUUGUUGCGUUGAAGAAGGUUAGAUUCGAUAAUUUAGAGCCAGAGAGCAUAAGGUUUAUGGCUAGGGAGAUUUUAAUUCUGCGCCGCUUGGAUCAUCCAAAUGUCAUCAAAUUGCAAGGUUUGGUGACCUCAAGGAUGUCCUGUAGUUUGUAUCUAGUGUUCGAUUACAUGCCACAUGAUUUGGCUGGCCUUUCAUCGAGUCCCAGCAUUAAGUUUACAGAGCCUCAGGUGAAAUGCUUUGUGCAUCAGCUAUUGUCUGGCCUUGAACACUGUCACAGCCGUUAUGUUUUGCACCGUGAUAUUAAAGGCUCCAAUCUUCUAAUUGAUGAUGAAGGAGUUCUGAAGAUUGCUGAUUUCGGACUGGCUUCCUCUUUUGAUCCCAGCAAGAAGCAGCAUAUGACAAGCCGUGUGGUCACUCUGUGGUAUAGAGCACCCGAGCUGCUUCUUGGCGCCACUGACUAUGGUGUGGGAAUUGACUUGUGGAGCGCUGGGUGCAUUUUAGCCGAGCUAUUUGCUGGGAAGCCCAUUAUGACGGGGCGGACAGAGGUUGAACAACUUCACAGGAUUUUCAAGUUAUGUGGUUCUCCGUCUGAUGAGUAUUGGAAAAGGUCGAAGCUACCGCAUGCAACCAUAUUCAAGCCCCAGCAUGCAUACAAAAGACGCAUAGCAGAGACAUUUAAGGAUUUCCCACAGUCGUCACUGCCUUUGAUUGAGACCCUACUUUCGAUUGAUCCAGCUGAGCGCCAAACUGCCACAGCUUCUUUAAGGAGUGACUUCUUCACUACAAAACCUUAUGCAUGUGAUCCUUCAAGCCUUCCAAAAUACCCACCAAGUAAGGAGAUGGAUGCUAAGCGUCGGGAUGAAGAAGCUAGAAGGUUGAGAGCUGCCGGUAAGACAAAUGCAGAUGGUGUGAAGAAACCACGGACACGUGAACGAUCAAUGCGGAAAAUACGUGUCCCCGAAGCCAAUGCAGAGCUGCAAGCCAACCUUGAUAGGCGGCGUCUGAUCAACCAUGCAAAUGCAAAGAGCAAAAGCGAGAAAUUUCCUCCUCCACACCAGGAUGGAGGGCUUGGCUAUACUAUGGACUCAUCACAUCUUAUCGACCCAGCCUUUGAUCCUCCUGAUGUCCCAUUCAGUUCCAUGAACUUCUCAUAUGCCAAAGAACCCAUGCAGACGUGGUCAGGCCCGUUAGCCGACCCUGCUGGUGUUGGGGUUUCAAGAAGGAAGUCAAAGCAGUCGAAGAAGAGUUCUGUACUGAACUAGGGGGAAUAGACUGUCAUACACUCACUCACUCCUAACCCAUCAACUCAGAGGCAAAUUGCAAGAGACGAUGCAAACUCGUUUCCUGGUACGCUGUCUCUAUUUGCAACUCCUUACCUCAGGCCGGAUAAUCUGCAAUUCUUGGAGAGAAAAUUUGUCCUGCAUAUUUUGUUUCUAUAUAUUUUUUGGGAUCAUGAGAAAUAUUUUUAGUUUUUGUAUAUGCUGAAAAGUCUUCCAUUGGGAGAGAAGUCUUGAUCUGUGAGAUGUGAGAUGUUUAGUUUCAAUAUCAAUAUAUGCUGUAUGCACAGUUUACUUUGAUCUUA